AUGACAUCCCCCUCACAAACCCUCUCCCUCGCGGUCCAACCACUCCUCCGCCGCCCGGUCCUCACAGCCCUCCUCACAUCCCUCUCCGCCUCCGUCUUCGCCUGGGCCGUCCGCGACUAUCGAGCCUACAUUGCCCUCGGCCCCGGCGGCGUGCCCCACAACUUCGCCGGCUGGCUGCUCGUCACCCUCGCCAUCCGGCCCUUUGCCCUCUCCAAGACCGCGGCGACCUGGACGGGCGACUUCCCCGCCGAGGGCGCCCACGAGGACGUUAAGCAGGUGCCGCAGCGGCGCGGAGACAGGGCCGAGCUGGGCGGCAUCGUCCCGCACCGGCAGCUGAGCCAGCACGCGCCGGUUCGCAUGAGAGAGUACAUCCAAAACCUCUUCGCCAACGCAGUGACCCAGAACCGCACUCUCUUGGAAUCAAAGCUCUCCCUCUACGAACGCAACAACCCGGCCCUCUUCGUCUCCGCCCCGGUUCUCGCCUCCUCGCCAGCGGUCCCCGCCGCCAGCCGCACGGCCCGCGGCGAGAUCGGCCACUAUCACGGCGACCUGUCCGUCCACAUGUACCUCUCCCCCGCAGACGCCAGGCUCGCCGUGGAAAAGGGCUGGGCCGAGCGCCAUCGCCUCGCGUUGCCACGGGGCUCGCUGCUUGCGGGCCGCUUCCGUGUCGCUGACUCGUACCUCAUGAUCUACGGCCCGCGCGACGAGGACGAGAUGGAGGUGCUCGCCACGUUCCUGAGGAACGGGAUCCGCUACAUGACAGGGGCGGAGGAUAUCAGACCCAUCGUGUGGAAUCAGCUCGUGGAUGCGUGA